AUGCGAUUUCCCCAGCUUCUCCCGCUCGCCUCCUCCGGCCCCGGCAAUGGCACCACCGGCUUCAAGACAAUCCAGCCAGGCUUCAAGGCCAUCCUGGGCGACCACCCGAAGCUCGACCUCCUAAUCGAAAACACCACCUACCCCUUCGCCCACGAAGCACCCGUCUACAUGCCCGAAACCGGCGACCUCUUCAUCGUCGGCAACUACCAAACCCCAACAGGCGGCCAGCCAAUCCAGAUCUCACGCAUCAUCCCGCAAAAGAACGGCAGCUAUGUGCGCGAAGUCAUCAACCCCGACAUCCCCAUGGCCAACGGCGCAAUCAACUACAAAGGCGGCGUCCUCUUCUGCGCCCAGGGGACAACAGAGCGCCCGUCCUCGCUGAUCUGGAUGAACGCGACAGCGCCCUACAAGACGAAGGUCCUGCUCGACAAUUUCCUCGGCCGCCACUUCAGCAGCUUGAAUGACCCCGAAGUCCACUCGGACGGCAGCAUCUGGUUCACUGACCCAACGUACGGCUACGACCAGGGCUUCGGCGCGAAACCAGACCUCCCCACCCAGGUGUACCGCUUCGAUCCCCAGACCGGCGAUGUGCGCGCUAUGGCGGAUCGCCUCGGCCAACCAAAUGGCAUUGCGUUCUCGCCGGACGAGAGUAUCGUCUACGUGACUGAUACCGAUGCCCAGCGGGGAACGGGAGACAAGAACCCCACGCGGCCGGCGACAAUCUACGCCUACGACAUCAAGUACUACUCCGGCGCGCCCUUCCUCGUAAACCGCCGCGUCUUCGCCUACGCCGACAACGGCAUCCCCGACGGUGUCAAGACAGACACCGAGGGUAACGUCUACAGCGGCUGCGGCGACGGCAUCCACGUCUGGUCUCCUGCCGGUGUUUUGCUUGGCAAGAUUCUCCUGCCUGAUGUCUCGGCGAACCUGGCGUUCGCUAGGCCUGGUGAGAUGUUCGCACUUAAUGAGUACCGGCUCUGGAAGGUUACGCUGAGUAGUGAGGUUAGGGGGACGAUUCUUGACCAUUUGGAAGGGUAUCAUUAG